AUGGAUGAUAAAUAUAUAGGAUUGGCAUUAGCUAUGUCAUCUUCAUUAGCUAUUGGUACAUCUUUUAUAAUAACGAAAAAGGGUCUUAUGGAUGCAUCAGCAAGAUCUUCAUCAACAAAUGUUCAACCAUCAGAUUAUUUACAAAAUCCAAUAUGGUGGGGUGGUAUGAUAACAAUGGCUUUAGGAGAAAUUGCUAAUUUUGCUGCUUAUACUUUUGCUCCUGCUAUUUUGGUGACACCAUUGGGUGCAUUAUCCGUUAUUAUUGGAGCUGUUUUAGCCGCGAUUUUUUUAAAAGAAGAAUUGGGGACUUUAGGUAAAAUGGGUUGUGCUAUAUGUUUGAUGGGAAGUGUUAUUAUAGUAUUACAUGCACCUCCUGAUAAAGAAGUUGAAACAGUUGAUGAAAUAUUAAAUUAUGCUACUCAGCCUGGUUUUUUAUUUUAUUGUACAAUUGUUGGAUUAUAUUCUUUAUUUAUGAUUUAUAAAAUUGUUCCAAAAUAUGGUCAUACUAAUCCAAUGAUUUAUUUAUCUAUAUGUUCAUCAGUUGGUUCAAUAUCUGUUAUGUCCAUUAAAGCAUUUGGUAUUGCAUUAAAAUUAACUUUAGGAGGUAAUAAUCAAUUUACUCAUAUUUCUACAUAUUUAUUUUUAAUUGUUGUUGCUAUUUGUAUUAUAACUCAAAUGAAUUAUUUUAAUAAAGCUUUAGAUAAAUUUGAUACAUCAAUUGUUAAUCCAUUAUAUUAUGUUACUUUUACAACAUUUACAUUAGCUGCAUCAUUUAUAUUAUUUAAAGGUUUUAAUACUUCUUCUGCUGUGGAUAUAAUAUCAUUACUUAUAGGAUUUUUAAUUAUUUUCAGUGGAGUUUAUUUAUUAAAUAUAGCAAGAAAAGAUGAUGAUGAUGGUGAAGCAAGACAUAGAGAAUUAUUUGGAGUUCAUACUAGUAAAGAUAUGGGACCAUUAGAUAAUGGUGUAGGAUCAUUUUCAACUGUUAGAAGAUCUAUGCAAUUACGUAGAGGAUCAGAUGCAGAAGAACAAGUAGCAUUAAGAAGAGUAGAUAGUUUUGAAAUAGAAUAA